GGUGCGCAGAGCCGCUGGCGCACUCGCGCGCUGCGCUCGCCCCCUCCCCCGCCCGGGCUGUGGCGCGCGCGCUUGAUCUCCCCUUCAUUUUUUUCCUCCCCUCCCUCCCGGCCUCGAUCUCUCGCUCCCUCUCUGCCCGGAGAGCUCCCGGCUGCCCGCGGCUCCCUCGCCCUCUCCUCGUCUUCGGUAGGCUCCACCGAGCGAUGCGAUCUCUGGGAGACAGCGACGCCGCCUCCCGCUAGAGACCUGCCCCCGGGGCCGGCCCCCUGCCCAUCCCUGCCCAGCGCGCGGGGGUCGGCGAAGGCGCCGCGGACGCACCGACGGUUGAGGAUCGGCGAUGCACAUGCACUAGCAGCACCCCCUAACUCACUCCCUCCACACCCCACGCCGCCGCCGCCUCCUCCUCCUCCGGCAGCACUGGCAGAAGGACCCACCCUGCCCCCCACCCCACCCUCGGCGGGCUCCGGCUGCGGCUCCUGCCUCGACUAUUAUUUUAUUUAUUUUGGGUUGUGCACAAGCCUCCGUGCCUGCAGCCCGCGCCUCCUCGGACUGCGGGCGCCUCCUGCCUCGGCUCCCGAGCCCCAGACCCCGGCCACCCUCGCUUCAACACCCCCAGAGCCCCGCCAGCUGUCGCGAGUUUCCGCUGCUAGAAUCUUGUCAGCGGCUGUCUUUUUGGGGGGUUCUGGUUUACCGACAUUUUUGUUUUCAGCCAAGGGGAAGAUACCGUGAUUUUUUUUUCCCCCUUUGAGCCUAGGCUCUGCUCUCUGGGGGGGUGGGGGGCGCGCCGAGCCGGGGAGCCUUGCUAGCCGAGUCGUGCGGGCUGUGGCAGGGAAGGGGCCACCAUGGGAUGUACUCUGAGCGCAGAAGAGAGAGCCGCCCUCGAGCGGAGCAAGGCGAUUGAGAAAAACCUCAAAGAGGAUGGCAUCAGCGCCGCCAAAGACGUGAAAUUACUCCUGCUGGGGGCUGGAGAAUCAGGAAAAAGCACCAUUGUGAAGCAGAUGAAGAUUAUCCACGAAGAUGGCUUCUCUGGAGAAGACGUGAAACAGUACAAGCCUGUCGUCUACAGCAACACCAUCCAGUCCCUGGCGGCCAUUGUCCGGGCCAUGGACACUUUGGGCAUCGAAUACGGUGACAAGGAGAGAAAGGCCGACGCCAAGAUGGUGUGUGACGUGGUGAGCCGGAUGGAAGACACGGAGCCCUUCUCUCCAGAGCUGCUGUCCGCCAUGAUGCGCCUGUGGGGCGACUCAGGGAUCCAGGAGUGCUUUAACCGGUCCCGGGAGUAUCAGCUCAAUGAUUCGGCCAAAUACUACCUGGACAGCCUGGAUCGGAUCGGAGCCACUGACUACCAGCCCACAGAGCAGGACAUCCUCCGAACCAGGGUCAAAACCACCGGCAUCGUAGAAACCCACUUCACAUUCAAGAACCUUCACUUUCGGCUGUUCGACGUCGGGGGCCAACGAUCUGAACGCAAGAAGUGGAUCCACUGCUUCGAGGACGUCACGGCCAUCAUCUUCUGUGUCGCGCUCAGCGGCUAUGACCAGGUGCUCCACGAAGACGAGACCACGAACCGCAUGCACGAGUCUCUCAUGCUCUUCGACUCCAUCUGCAACAACAAGUUCUUCAUCGAUACCUCCAUCAUUCUCUUCCUCAACAAGAAAGAUCUCUUUGGGGAGAAGAUCAAGAAGUCACCUUUGACCAUCUGCUUUCCCGAGUACACAGGCCCCAACACCUAUGAAGACGCAGCCGCCUACAUCCAAGCACAAUUCGAAAGCAAAAACCGCUCGCCCAACAAAGAAAUUUAUUGUCACAUGACUUGUGCCACAGACACGAAUAACAUCCAGGUGGUGUUCGACGCCGUCACCGACAUCAUCAUUGCCAACAACCUCCGGGGCUGCGGCUUGUACUGACCUCUCGUCCUGUAUAGCAACCUGUUUGGUAAUGACUCCGGCACUCACAGAACAGCUUGCACACGCACACACACACACUCACACACGCACACACACAAAUGCAAGUUGGUAAAUAAACUUCAAAGAGGCGUAACAAAACAUUAUAUAUAUAAAAAUAUCUAUUAAAAAUUCUUUUUAGUUUGUACUAGAAAGAGCUUCAGACAGAACUGACCACCACCCCGUAGGUGAAGGCGUUCCCGGGUCAGCACGUGAGCGUGCACACACACACUCACACACGUGGCGGCGGGUGUGCUCGCUCGGGGGGGGGGCUGUCCUUGUGAGAGCUGCCCCGGGGUGUCCCUCUCUGAGGCCCGUUUCUGCGAGUAGGGGAGGCAGGGGGCCCUGGCGGGGGCCUGGCCCAUCUCGCUGCCUCCAGCUCCGAGGCCGGGCGCCCUCAGCCCAUCCUGCUCUUGUGCGAACCCCAAAACCCUCCACGAAAUGGCCAACACCCUGCCCACCUCCGGGCCCUACCCCCCAACAACCACAGGAACACCAAGGACGCUGCCCGUUUUUGGGGGGGGUUGUAGUGGUGGUGAAAUUUCGAGAACUUAGAAGAACCUGCUCCGACCAGCCCACUGUCUCCUUGGUUCUUUCUCCACACUGGCACGGGUCAGGAAAGGGAGAGGCGGUGUGCUUUCUGAAAGCGGCUGAGGGGAGGGGACCCGCAGGGCACGUAGAGAGAAGGGAAGAGAUGGGGCCAAGGGGACAGCAGGGGCCAGGGGGAGGGCUGGACAGGUCAGGGCCCCAAGGACAGGCCUCCAGGGGCCUGGGCUGGGCUGUCCUUGGGGUUCUGCUCGCCCCUCGAUGCUGCCCACCCCACCCCGCCCCGCCCCGCCCCACCACGAGGAGAAGCGUGCCAGGGUUUGUUGGUUGGUUGGUUGGUUUCUCAAAUCCAAGAAAGUGGUCAGACUGGACCCCUUAUCUCUCUCUCUACAGACUGCUUCACGGACUCUCUGCUGUUGACCUUGAUCUCCUGGUAGCAUGACCUUUUGGCCUUUGUAAGACACACAGCCUUUCUGUGCCCAGCCCCUGUCUAACCUACGACCCCAGAGUGACUGACGGCUGUGUAUUUCUGUAGAAUGCUGUAGAAUCCGGUUUUAGUUGAGUCUUUACAUUUAGAAUUUGAAAGGAAAAAAAAAAAGAACAUUUCUCACAUGCUUUGUAGCUUAAAAGGAACAUGGAAAACUCACCAUGACAUCCAUAUUUCUUUCUCUUUUUUUUGAGGGGGGGGCGGGUGGCGGGGAUUAAAGAAACAUGCACCUGCACCUCCACCCCCCUCAUCGCGUGGCGGAGGGGGCGGGGCCAGCCCCCCACGCCACUCACACCCCGGCCCCAGCCCAGCCACUCCAGCCACACGCUAACCCCAGUUUUGUAUAGAAAAAGCACAGCUCUCACGGCCCAUAGCUGCCAAAAAGAAUCCGGAUCAUGCAUAUAAACAGAGCCCUCUAGAAAACUAUUUCCCCGCCAGCCCCCUUUCCACAGACACCCUCUAUCAGGUUUUUAGUUGGUUUUUAUUUCCGUCCCGAUGAGCCCUAGGUACCACACACCGGGUCAGCUUCCACAGUCUCUGGGGGUCGGGGCUGCGGUCUUUCUCCCUCUCCGACCCCGCCUCUCCGUCCCUCACUCGGAUGCCGCCCCCACCACCCCGUGUGCCCGCCCCUCGGCCUCCAUCUCCUCCUCCGUCUCCUCCUCCGUUUCAGUGGCCUGUGUCCGCUCUUUCUCACGUGGGGAUGAUCGUGCUACAGAUAAAAAGAAAAAAAAACAAACACCACACAUUUUUUUAAAUGCCAUGAGAUGGAAAAGAAAAAAAAACACAAAAAUGUAAAAAAAAAAGAUGGAAUGUCGUGUUUACAUGAAAGCCAGUUUUCAUGACCAGUCCUUGUCCUCUCUCCUUUGUUUGCCUCGUGCUCAAACCCCGCCCCCCUCCAUGGUUUUACUUUUAAGACUUAACAUUUGCCGAAGACCAGUCACAGCCAUUUCAGAUAAAGAGGAGGCAAAAAAGACAAAACACAAAACAUUAAAAAAUACAGAAAAACAAAAAAACUUGGAAAAAAAAAAGGAAAAAAGAAAAAAAAAGCCCACGGGUCUUUCUAAGCCUUUCUAUUCCCAACCGGUGAGGUCUCCGUGAUAUCUUACACACUGCCAGUCUACUUCUCUGACUAAUGGAAAAUCCAUGUGUAGCUCAAUAAAGAGAAUGUUUGUCUGUA